GGGAUGAAGGAUGAGGUUUCUCAUCUGUAUGCGUUGGGUGUUUUUGCUUGCGUCCUCGCAGUUCAUGAUAUACCAAUAGGAAUAGAUUCAUUCCAAGAUUCAGAUUCAUCAUCCUCAUCCUCACCUAAAAAGUUUUCUAUCAACAAAAAAGAAAAUAACAAACGAGCUUAGAUAAUCCUUCAAGAUGACGGAAGCAGAAAUGGCAAUGGAGGAGAAACUCCGAAAGAAGAAGGAGGAAGAAGAAUCCAUGUGGGCGGAGUAUAUAGAGCAACGGAAGAAACAACGAGCCAAGGAAGAGGCGGAUCUGUUGAAAUUAAAGGAAAGACAAGCCAAGAGAAAAGCUCAACGAGCUGAACAAGAAAAGAUGAUGUUCGAAAUGAAGCGAAAACAAGAAGAACAAAAACAACGAGAAAUUGAAGAGAAAAAAGCUCGUGAAGUUGAGGCCAAACGAAAACGUUUGGAAGAGGCUGAGCGUAAGCGCCAGGCCAUGAUGCAGGCCAUGCAGAAGCAAAAGGAAGCCGUUAAGCCUAAUUAUGUGAUCUCCAAGAAGGAAGGAGCUGCCCCACCACCCACUGGUCAAGGUUAUGACAAGUUUUCCAAUGUGAUGUAUGCCCGAGCUGAAUUGAAUAAGACAAAGGAACAAUUAGCUGAAGAGAAGCGAAUUGCUCUUAGCUUACGAAUCAAAGCUCUUAAUAUUGAAGGUUUGGAUGUUGAUGAGCUUCGUAAAAAGGCUGGUGAAUUAUGGGAACAAAUUGUUACCUUGGAAAGUGAGAAAUACGAUCUUGAGGAAAGACAGAAGAGACAAGAUUAUGAUUUGAAAGAGUUGAAUGAACGUCAACGACAAAUUAACAGAAAUAAGGCUUUGAAGAAAGGCUUAGAUCCUGAGGCUUUCACUGGUAAAUAUCCACCAAAGAUCAACGUUGCCAGUAAAUACGAAAGACGAGUUGAUCGACGAAGCUUCAAAGAUAAGAAAGAUCUUUUCGAAGGAGGUUGGGAAGAAUUAUACAAACAACAACUUGAGAAAUCAUGGGAAGAACGAAUCAAGGAAUACAAAGAACGAGGAUCUCCUAAAUUGAUGAACUGGGACCCAUCUAAUCCCAAGAACAAGGAAAGUUAUGAACCUGGUGCAAGGACUUACGAUGACGCUGAUGAUCUUGAUGUUAUGGAUACAUUCAAGCCAUUCUCAGCUCCUGAACCAUCACCACCGAAAUCCACUCCAAGAUACGAACCUCCUCCUAAACAAGAAGAAGAAGAAGAGGAAGAAGAAGAAGAGGAGGAAGAAGAGGAAGAGGAAGAAGAAGAGGAGGAGGAAGAGUAAACUAAUUAUUCUUAAUAUCCUCCAGUUAUUCUGAAUCACAAACCAUCAACUCAAAUAAUCAGAAAAAAAAACUUUGAAAAUUGCUCCCAAUCUUUAAUCAGACAAUACGAAUAAGAAAUGAACACCAACAUCAAAUCAACAGCAAUCAAUCAGCUUUAAACUUGUUGACAAUCUAAUUUUGUUUACUAUUUUCCGUUUUUCCGCUUUGCAAUCAAGAUCAGAAAAUCAACAAGAACAUAAUUUGUUUCAUCACCUUUUACAUUGUUACAACAUCUUCACAUUUACUUAAUUUCUAUGCUUCCUUAACACCAUCAAUUGUGUGAGAGAGAGAGAGAAUCAACAAUUAUUAAGGAUACAGAGAGAGAUUUUGUCAAUGUGAUUUAAUUGUACAAUUGAAAAGACUGAGAAUUAUUCAAAAAUUUUAAUACCGAUCAAUUUGUAACGAUUGGUCUGUUAUAUUUGACUAUCUGAUUGUUUAAUUGUAACUGUUGUCUUACCAAAAAAAAAAAUGAAAAUUGUUUUGUGAUAAUUUCGUUAAUUAUUAUAAAAUAAUAUCUAUAUAAAAAUGAUUAAGAAAAUCAUAAAAUUAAUUCAGAAAUAAUAGA